GGCUGAUUUUACCAAGACAAACACCAAGUAUAUACGUUGAUGCAUCCUUACCAGGCUUUCUAAAAAAGUACAUAAUUAUGAGCAAAAAAGUAGUUUUCGACAAGGGAAAACCAAAAGAGUUCCAAUAUGAGUUUUUUGGGCCUAUUGGCGCCCUAAUAGUAGUUAUGAUGACAACGACUGUAGUCUUUGGACUUUACUUUGGUUGUAAUGAAAAUGGCUGUCCUGCACAUACCCAAAAAAUAAUUUCAAUGAUUCAAAAUACCACGUUCAUUGAUGCGUAUUCGUUCCAGUUGUACCUGUGCUGGUUAGGAGCUUUAAUCUUGGCCUGGCAUGUUUUGCCGGGAGAAUGGGUAAAGGGUUUACCUAUAAAUGAGAAAGGAACUCGUUUAGAAUACAAAAUGAAUGGAUUCGCUACUAGUAGUCUUGUUUUAGGAAUUACCUGCGGGUUUAUUUACAUAAAAGGACCUGAAUGCAUGGAACUAGUAUGGAGUCGAUUUCUACCUUUGAUGACCUCUGCCUACGUUGUUUCCAUUUUUCUUUCCGUAUACGUUUAUAUUUCUAGUUUCAUCGGCAAGAAGCAGUUGGCAGAAGGAGGUAAUUCGGGAAAUGUAUUGUAUGAUUGGUUUAUCGGGCGCAUAUUGAAUCCUCGCAUAGGGAAGUUCGAUAUUAAAGUCUUUUGUGAAUUAAGACCUGGUUUGAUUCUUUGGAUUUUCCUUGAUAUUGCAUUGGCAUGCAGGCAAUAUGUCAUGUUAAAUGGACGAAUCACCGAUAGCAUGGUUCUGGUACUUAUUUUCCAUGUAUGGUAUGUUUUGGAUUCACUCGUUUGUGAAAGUGCUGUCCUCACUACCAUAGAUGUAACCACUGAUGGUUUUGGAUAUAUGCUAAGUUUUGGUGAUUUGGUUUGGGUACCGUUUACCUACAGUCUCCAAGCCCGUUAUCUAUCUUUUCGUCCCGUGGACCUUGGAAUUGGCUAUACAACCGCAAUAAUAUUAAUCCAACUGUUAGGUUACUAUAUUUUCCGAGGAUCUAAUAGCCAGAAGAAUAGGUUUCGCAACGACCCUACUCAUCCUAGCGUCAAGAACUUGAAGUUCAUACAAACUAAACGUGGAAGCAGGCUUUUAAUUGAUGGCUGGUGGGGAAAGUCUCGCCAUAUGAACUACUUUGGAGAUUGGUUGAUGGCUUGGGCUUGGUGUUUACCUGUAGGGUUCGGAUCAGCCAUUCCAUACUUUUACGUUGCUUACUUUGGAGUGCUCUUGAUACACAGAUAUGGAAGAGAUGAUCAUAAAUGCAAUGAAAAAUAUGGAGACGAUUGGAAAAAGUAUUGUCAAAUCGUGAAAUACCGCAUUAUCCCUUAUGUUUAUUGAGAUACAUUUACGUUCAUAGGAAAUUAAUGAAGCUAUAUUGGAAAUCGUGUCAUGAAAACAAUUUUUGCCAAGAAAGCUCUUUCAAUAAGUAAAAUUUAAAAUAAAUAAAUUUUUCAAUAAAAAGGUUCUUGUACUAUAAACAUA